GUGACAUUACCGCGCGAAACAAUCAUGGCGAGGACUGCUUUGCCUUGGCGUUGAAGUACCGUGGUCGCACAUUCGCAAAGUGCUUACGUGAAGUUGUUAGGGGAGACACGCCAGCCAAGAUGGUGCUUUUACCCAAGAAGCGCGACAGAGUAUCUAGGCACAAGCUCUUGGGUGGCUUUUUUCUGCCCAAGGGCCCUUCAAUGCAGCGUCAGCUUAGUCGGUUCAGAAAUCAAGGAAGCUCAAGAACGAUCCCGAAAGGUGAUGGGCCAGCUACCUCACUCGCACUCCAGUUCCCUGUGACGUUGAAGAGCAGCAGCCGCACGUCAAUUUUCAUUAUCUUUUCGGCAGUGCUGGUCCUUCUUGUAGCUUUUGCGGUCGUCUCCCCAAGCCCACUCGGCUGGUUCAGAAGAAACUGAGCAGAUAUUGAAAUUGUACCAGCGCAACUUGUGAAUGAAUGUUUUUGUAUCCUAACUAAGUAUCUACAAACGGAACGACGAUAUAUGUGCGUAUUAGUCGGGAGACACUACCUAGGAGCAGAAACAUAGAAGUGCCCGAUUUGAAGACCCAUCUCUCGUUGCCUCUGCAGUACAUUAUUUCCAAAGGAGGUCCAGCAGGGAGCAGCUGAAUAUACGCAAUGCCCAAC